CAUCAUUUUCAUGUUUCACCUGAAAUAUUUACAUGUUUUUUUACAUGGAAACUCCAAAACAUGCAAAAGGGAAAAAAUCAUGUAAAUUAUUCUUCACAGUCUCUUUUUGAUAAUUUACAUGUUAAUUACAUGUUAUUUACAUACUUUGUAAAUUUAUAACUUUUCCAGUAAUGCAUGGUGUUGUCAUAUUUCGCUCUUUAUUGAAUUCAGACUCUUCAGGAAGUAAUCUUCCUCACAACAAUCAGACCUAUUAUGGUCAGAACGCUGGAGAAUCAUCUUUGCCACUGGUAGCGAAGAUUGCGGGCAGCUCGCUUUUGGUUCUGCUAUCUUUAAGUGCAGUACUAUGGUUUGCCUUUAGAUAUUGUAGAAAGAGUCGAUCCAAUUCAGAACUCUCUGAUCCGUUUGAAGUGCUUUUUGAUGACAUUUCCCUGGAUAAGAUUAUCGGAGAAGGAGCUUUUGGGAAAGUAUACAGUGGCAGGCUUUUAAAAGAAACUAUGGAGGUUGGAAAAGGAAGGAAACCUUCGCAGAGCAAGACGGAUAAGGAGCAGCAGCAAAUGAAGAUGGGCCUGACCGUUGCUGUGAAAAUGUUACAAAGUAUGAUUUGGUUACGACAGCGUUCUAUAACCUAUAAAUAUAGAUAAGGUUCUCAAAACGACCUUUCAAAGUCUUGGCAUAGGCAAAAUAUAAAGUGGCAAUGAGUGAUAUAUUUUGAGUUAACCAUUUUGGCAAUCUCAGGAAAUAGGCGCAAAAUUGGGAUCCUGUUUAAUGUUUCAGUUUUAAUUGAUGCUCGCCCAUGUAUUUGUGACGAUUAUGUUUAAAACUUGAAGUGAAAAAUUCUUUUUUAUUU